CUGUGCUGUGUGGAUAGGUACGGCUUUGGCCGAGCGAUCACGUGACCGGUUUCGCGGCCGCUGACGCACACGUGAGGCGUCCGAGACGUCAGUCUGUUCGACGCCCACGCGUCCACUGCGCAUGGGUCGGCGCGGGCCGAGGUCUGCUGUCAGUAUCUGACAUCAUUCGGUCCUUGAAUGCAUUCCUGCGCUUACCGGAUCGCGCCGGACACUUCUCGAGAGGUUGUCCUCUCGAGAAAGAGAGAACGGACACGUCGCGGCUCGUAAGAUCCACUCGACGCGAGUCGACGGCCGAGUCACCACUCGUUCGACGUUUCCCUGUCACCUGGUCGCGAGAUGUGCGUGUCGAUGACGGCGCUCGGUCGACGAGUACUCAUCCCGAGGGACGUGGUCGCGCGGCUCGGCGCGGCCAAGCGACCGCGUUGCUCCAGCUGCGACGAGACGUCGAUGAGCGGUGGGCUGUCAGGACGAUGCCCCGCGUUGUCGCGCGUCACCGAGGUCUCGCGGAUCCUGCUGGGCUGGUCCCGCGGGACCUCGCGGACCUUCUCCACCGCGAGGACCCCGAUCUCCCCCGACGCCGUCGCCGACGCUCUGACGAAGCAGCAGGCGAAGGAGCUGGUGUCGAAACUCACCUCGGAGGAGCGCGGCCUGUUCCUAACGGCGCUGAACGAGUACAAGUCGAAGGAAGAGAAGGCCGGCUAUGAAGGCCAACUGGCGGCUAUCCGGUGGAGGAGCAAGCUCGGUAGACCUAGCAAAAUACCGUCGCUGGGUGAGGUGGAUCCUACGGGAACCUUCUGCCCUAUGCCGGACGAUUGGUUGAACCGCAAGUAUGUUGAACCCGUUGCAGAACCAACCACAAAAGACCUGGUGUUAGUCGCGAUCGCGAAUGCAAUUCCGUUCGUUGGGUUUGGUUUUCUUGACAACUUCAUCAUGAUCAUUGCUGGCGAUCAAAUCGAGCUGAUUUUGAACCAAAGGUUCCCGAUCUCCACCAUGGCAGCGGCAGCGCUGGGUAACACCGUGUCCGAUGUCAUUGGAAUUGGCUCGGUGCACUAUGUCGAGAUAUUCGCCCAGAGAAUCGGCUUCGAGGCGCCCAAGUUGACUCUGGGACAACUGAAUCUACCUAGGACACGAAUAGCCGCAAAUUUGGGCCGGGUCAUCGGUGUUACAAUUGGAUGUAUCAUUGGCAUGACGCCUAUACCGUUAGCCGCGCUUUUCCGCAAUGGCAGUUGAAUUCUCCUAAUAAAAACGACUGGAAAACGAAUUAUCUAAUUUAAUUAACGUGUGGGACAAGUCACGAAUGUCCUACGGUAACCGUUUUGUUUCACAAAUGCCUAUAAAUUUUUGUAAAACAUUCAACUAUGGCAGCAACUAACAUAUUUUUGUUUCAAGUAUUAUAUAAUAUUUAAUAUAUAUAAAUGUAUAGAAUAUGUAGUAUAUAGAAUUGCAACGGAAGAGUGUAAAUCGCCAGUAGUUAAUUAACGGGAAAAAGAAUUGUUAGACAUUAGGCUGGCAGAUGGUUUAUUAGUUAGUUUCCGAUGUUUUGACCAUACGGGUUGUGGUCCUUGUCAAGGAAUUUGAUAAUAGAUAUUACGUCAUCAAUUUUAAAUUCAAAGUGGAAGUUUGACAUCCAUUUCUGGGCGUCAAUCGAAAAACAAUGUUCGAAGGCACGUCCAUAAGACUGUCCUACUGUCACGUCGAAUGGACGUGCCUUCGAACAUUGUUCUCCGAUUAACGCCCAGAAAUGGAUGUUAAACUUCCACUUUUAACAAUCAAUGAAUAAAAGGGCUAAGAGCCUUGACUAGGUGUCACAAUAAUAAAAUUCUCAUAUAUUCAAAACAUAAAAAUACAACUGUCACUAGUCGACUUUUGCCACCUCUACAACACAACAACUUAUAUCUCGACGACGAUCUUUCAAUCUACAGCAGCUAAUAAAUUCGAAAAAAAAACGGCUCAUAUUUUACAGCUGUUAUGAUUUGCGUGGCGAGCGAUUUUUAUCUUUUGACUUAAUAUUUAAAUUAUAUUUUAUACACUGAAGAUGGCCUAGAGAAAGGCCGAAACGUUUGUAUUUUUAUGUUUUGAAUAUAUGAGAAUUUUAUUAUUGUGACACUAACACCUAGUCAAGGCUCUUGGCCCUUUUAUUCAUUGAUUGUUAUUCGUCAGAGCCGUAUUCUAUCAUAUUAUUCCACUUUUAAUUUAAAAUUGAUGACGUUAUAUCUAUUAUCAAAUUCCUUGACAAGGACCACAAUCCGUAUGGUCGAAACGUCGGAA